CUAAUCGAUCCGGGUGGACCAGGCCGGCUCAUCUGUCAAUAUACUUCCUUCCAGUUCCAGUUAGUUGGUUAAUCAGGUUCAUACAUGCCAUGUCUGGGUUCGGAUUUGGAUUUCUCUCUUAGUUCGUCAGGUUCGCUGCUUGCUAGACCGUGUCAGUUUCUCUAGUAAACAUAGCGGGAUGCCGGGAUGCACUCGUUUCAGUAAUGAAAUUACUCAUGCCGCCACGGAUAGAUGGAUGUGUCACCUGCUGGUUCUGUCACAAAACGCGUAUGGGAAAUUGGGAACAUGCCUGCUUGAAUCAGCAAAAACUGGCUACUGAACCUACGACUAGGCCCUGGUUGCACUUACUGUCUUACUCUGCUUCUGAACCAUAGCUGUUUCAUGUUCAUCUCACAACUAAUACUACUACUUUGUUUCUUCUUCAGCAUAAUCUUUUUUCUAGGCAACUACGGCGGACAUUAGCCAGACUGAAUUCUUCAGCAUAUGCUCAGCCCGCUACUUUUCUUUAGUUAUUUCUCUCAUGUUUGCAUUUCACUACUUACCAAAUCACGCAUUAUGCAAUGCCAAACUGCUUUUCAAUGUAUAUCCUAGUACGGUUGCGGUUUCUGACUUGAACGGAUCGCACUAGUUAAAAAAUCAUGCAUUAUGCAGUGCCAAACUGAUUGUCACGCAUAGCUUUGCAUGGUUGGGUUUUCUGACUUGAGUGGAUCGCAGGAAGAUGGAGCCUGGAAACAGUGGCACCGGGCAGACCUCGCCCCGAGGGAACGACUGGGAGGUUGUGCAGCUGACCGCAUCGAACUACGCAUCCACACCUGGUCCGGCACGAUCCGAACCUUCCGAUGAGGAGUCUGCGGGCCAUGUGUAUGGCACGAAGGGGGUUGAUUCAGCAGCUGCGGCACUGAUGAUGUCUGGCCAUUUCUCGGUGCCUCGGAAUGAGGCUGAGAAUCUCCUCGUGGAAGCUGGUAGCACAGAGCGCGAGGAGGCGCGUGGCAGCCAGUAUGCAGUUUCUGACACUGGCGAUGAUGAUAGGGAUGAGGAGAAAUUGAAGGGUGAUGAUGUUGAUAGGAUCCCAUCCCUCGACAAAGGGAAAAGCCUUUCCUCGGUUGAUAUGGAGCCUGAUGAUGGCAACACGUCCCGUGGGGUGAGUUUGGCCACGGAAGACACGGUUAUGUUCUCGUCAUCCGGUCACACUGCAGCGGUGGUUGCUGAGAAAGGAUUGAACUGGUCAGCUACUGAGAGUAAAACAACUGAGGAGAAAACUGAAGAUCCAACCCUGCAAAAUGUGGACACUGUCACCGGUUCAUCCAAGGUUGUUGCCUCUGGUGAAGAGAGCAGGCCUGAUGGUUCUGGAGGCCCACGCGGUGCUUGGUGGCAGAAGCAGAUUAUAUCGCUGUACAAGAGUGCUAGGGAAAGUAACAAGUUCUGGCCGAUUAUUGUGGCCGGUGCUGCUUUGAUGGGGAUGGCGUAUUUCCGGCGGCGCUGGCUCAAGGGCAAGCUGCAUCUUCAGCAGGUCAAACUGCAACCUGCUAGCAGCAAGGAGAGGAUCAACCACGCUGUCGCACCGUUAAACCGGAUUAAGGACAUUCUUGCCGCGGGCAAUCACCCAAGUCCAGCUCCCCAUGGGCACGCUCGAUCGAGUUGAUUACCCUUCCUGUUGACGUAAGAUGUAUCCUGAAACUACUGUGUGCCAUGGAGACAUCGACAGUACUGAAUAUCAAGGCGAUGAGCAUCAUCAUCUACCUUGAUGCCGCAGAACUUGUGGACGUUUAUGCGUGCUGGCCAUGUAAUUAAAUCUCAAACUCCUCCUUGGAUAUGUAAAUAUGUGUGAGUUUUGUGUGGUUGCUUUCCCUCUUUUGGAGGAACUGCCCCUGGCCAGUUUAACUGUGCUGCAGCUGCUGCUGGAUUUUGUCAGCCAAUGUAAAUCUUGCAUUGCUCU